AUGGUCCGCCUCAAGAACCGAUACCUCCUCUUGGACAUUCUCUAUCCCGAAUCUACAACAUGGCCGUCCACCAAAGCAAUCUCUCAAUCUCCCCACGCCGCCCAGGUGGCUAUUCACGCUCCGACCUCAAACGCGCUCACGCCGGGAUUGCUCGCCAAGAUGAUCCGUGAAGAAGUCGGGGAAAUGUAUGGCGAUUGGGGCGUGGGUAAACUUGGCGGGGCUUCGGCGACAGGACUCCAAGUCAAAUACUUGUCUCCCGCUACUUCUACGGCGAUUAUUCGCUGCCCACGAGCCUCAUUUCGGUUGGUCUGGUCCGCGCUCACGUACAUGUCUCAUGUGCCUGCGGUGAUUGAGCCCGGGACGACGACGGCGGGAUAUAAACGGCCCAAUGGAGGCCGGGAACGGCCGUGCGUCUUUCGAGUCCUGAGGGUGUCCGGGACGAUGCGCAAGGCAGAGGAGGAGGCGAUUCGGCGGGCGAGGAGGGAGAUUGUUCGCGUGCGAGGGAUGGAGGAGGAGGGCGUGUUGGGGGAUUUGAUUUCCGGGGCGGAAAAGGGAAAGGGUUUGGCGCCAGUGAUGACGGUGAUGGAUGAGAGCGGUGAUGAGAGGAUGUAUGAUGAUGAGGACGAUAAUUGA